AUGGGGGCUUUGACGAAGUAUGAUAAAGCCAGCCUUGGCAACGGACACAUUAGAAAUGACAGUUUUAUCGAACGCCUUUUUUUAAGCUGGGUUUAUGCUGUGGUGGCAAAGGGCCGUAAGGGCACAAUCACGCAGGAUGAGCUGCGUAUGCCAGCGGACCAAGCGGCAGAGGCAGCGGCAUGCCGCUUCGAUGUGGCAUGGGCGAAGGAGUUGGAGCUUCGCAGCAGCGGAGACCCGAAGAAGAAGCCAUCACUUUCCCGUGCGCUGCGGAAUUCUUUCGGGACUGAAGUGUUAGUCGCGGCUGCGUGGAAAAUUACCUGGAGCGUCUUCGUCCUCCUGGGUGCCUUUUACUUCGUUCGUUCUCUCGUUCAGUUUGUAACCCCUAUUAAGCGCAAUCCCAAUUUAUACAAUCAGGCGGAUAUCCCUAACAAGGGUGUUGGCUGGAUUCUAUCUUGCGCCUUCUUUCUAGACUCCAUUCUCGUCGGCAUCGCGCUGCAGCGCAUGGGAGAUGAAUGCGUUCGCGCUGGAAUAAAAAUUCGCGCAGCUCUUAUGGCGGCUGUUUAUCGGAAGACGUUUAAAAUUCAUUCCGUGCACGAGGAGAACGUCGUCUCCCUGGUCGCCACCGAUUGCGCAAAACUCUACGAAGGAGUUCUUCAUUUACAGAAUGUUUGGACCGCUCCGCUGGAGGCUUGCGCUAUUAUUGCGCUGCUGCUGUACCUAACGAACGGUACAUACGGCCUACCAGCCCUGGGUGUAGUGGUCUUCGUGUUGCCGCUUCAGUACUAUUUGGGCUACCGCAUUGCGUCUUUUAAGCUUGAAACCGUAGAGGUCUCUGAUGCGCGAGUUCAGCGCAUGCACGAAGUUCUGCUGGCUAUUAAGCUGGUGAAGUUCUACGUCUGGGAGAAGUCCUUUGCCAAACAAGUGUCGGACGUACGUGCAGAGGAGAUCAGCCUCAUGUCCCGCACCGCUGUGGUGAAAACCAUCAACUUGUGCGUGGUGUUCGCGGUGCCUCCACUGAUUGCGCUGGUGAUCUAUGCAACCUACGUAUUUAACAAAGGGCCGUUUGAUUCGACGUUCGCCUUUACGGUGCUGUCGCUCUUCAACACCCUGCGCUUUCCUUUGGUGGUGCUGCCUAAGGCAUUGCGCGGGUCUUCAGAAGCUAUUGCCUCCUUAAACCGUUUGGAGAAAUAUUUACUGCUGGAUGAGUUCGAUGAUCCCCCUAAGAGCAAGGAUGUCGAGGCCAAGUUCGAGAAUGCCGUCUUGUCAUAUCCUGGUAGCAAGGAGGACUUCCGCCUGCAAAUUCCGAACUUUAGUGUCAAGAGCGGAGAGGUGGUGGCAGUUGUCGGCCGCGUUGGCAGUGGCAAAUCCUCCAUCUUUCAAGCCAUCCUGAACCACAUGACUUUGGAGAGUGGCGUCCUGUGUGUGGGCGGCUCCAUGGCAUAUGUUCCGCAAACCCCCUGGGUGCAAAACCUUACGCUGAAGGACAACAUCAUUUUUGGACUGCCUUUCGACGAGGAGAAAUACAAAAAGGUCAUUCACGCAUGUGCUCUGGAGCUGGACCUUCAGAUCCUACCCAAGGGUGACCAGACUAUGGCAGGCGAGCGCGGCAUCAACCUUUCGGGCGGCCAGCGGCAGCGCGUGUGCUUGGCAAGGGCAGCCUACCACGACUGUGACCUCAUUUUGUUGGACAACCCGCUCAGCGCCGUGGACCAGCAUACCGCUCGUCACAUAUUUGACAAGUGUAUUAAGGGCAUUUUCAAGGACAAGGCGGUUAUUUGGAUUACCCACCAGCUUGAGCUGCUGCCUGAGGUCACGAACAUCUGCAUUACGGACGGCGGCAAGUCUCUGUACUUCGGUCCCUAUGACCCCGAGGCGCUCAACCGCCAUCUGCCCGUCGACCACCUGCUAUUCGCGACCGUGGAGGCCGGUGAGAGUGGCGUGCAGAAGCCGGCCAGCGCGAAUAAGGAGGAUGGCGCGCACGCCGUCACGGGCAAUGGCAAGGAAACUGCCGAUUCCUGGAAGCACAAGGAGGGCAGCGGCGCUGAAGGGCGAAAGUCGUUCCAGCGUUCCAGCAAGGCCGGCAUUCGACCUUCUGACUCGGUGUCGGAUUCGCUCAACAAGCUCGCCCAGGAGGAGGCAGCGAAGCAUGAGGAAGAAGCAAAGUCGCACGAGCGUCGCUCUGGGGAGCGCCGCAGCGGAUCGAGGGUCCUGGGACGUGUGAGUGAGGAGCAUAACGCAGCCGCGUUGGAGGAAACUCCCGAGGAGAUUGCGGCGCUUUUCAACGGCGUGCCGCGACGAGUUUCUGUUGCCCAGUCGUUCAAGGUGUACGUAAAGGCGGGCGGCACGAUUUUGUUCAUCUUUUCGAUCUGCGUCUUCAUGCUCACGCAGACGGUCCGCAUUCUUUCCGACACGUGGAUCCGCUGGUGGGCCGAGCCGGAUCGCUUCGGCUUCUACCCCGAUGGGACCUACAAGGCUGUCCGCAACUUCAAUCCUAAGUUUGACUCCAAGCAGAAGGCCAACGAGGUUUACAUUCUGGGCUACUUCGCGUUCGUAAUGCUCUUCGUCCUCUGCUUGCUGACUCGUGACGGUGUCUUCUCCUUCUGGCACUUGCACGGCUCCACCCGUCUGCACAACAAGCUCUUUUACCGGGUGCUGCGCGCUCCAUUGCUCUUCUUCCUGCGUACACCGGUGGGCGACAUCUUGAACGCGUUUGCGAAAGACCAAGACACCCUUGAUGAGACGCUUCCAGACACGCUGCACAUGUCUCUGAUCUACCUGAUGAUUCUGUUAACGUCUCUGGGCAUCGUGACCGCGUCGCUGUACAUCUAUGCUGCGCUGACGGCUGCGUUGUUCUUGGCUUUCGCCAUGAUGCAACAGUUAUACCUGCCUGCGGCGACUAUACUGAAGCGCUGGGCUGGCGAGACGGCCUCCAUGGUUUUCGUUCACGUGGACGAGAGUCUGCAGGGCAUGGAGGUUAUCAAGGCCUUCGACGCCGAGAAUUACUUCGUGCAGGAAAACAUCCGUCGCAUCAACGUGCACCACCUGGCUCUGUUCAACACAGAGCAGUGCCACCUCUGGCUGGCUUUCUGGUGCGACUUCUACGGAGCGAUCAUGGUGGUCGCCACCUGCUUGCUGUCCGUGGCGUACAAGGAGCAAGUGGGUGCCGCGGCAGUUGGUCUGGCAAUCUCCAACACCAUCCAGGUCCUGGUCUUCUUCACGUGGGUGGUUCGCGGUGCUGCCGACACCGUGUCCAUGUGGGAUGCUGUUGAGCGCGUGGCGACCUUCAUCGUCAACGUGCCACAGGAGAACGACAUAGCACCAGCCGCACUGCCGGGUGCCAGUAAUGGGAACCUUAACGACCUUGCCAACGGUAACGGAAAUGGAACCACCAACGCGUCUAUGGUGGAGAUUAAGGUGAUGAACGACGGAGAGGCGCCCAAGGGCUGGCCGACCAAGGGAGACAUCAGGUUCGAGAAGGUGUGCUUGCGCUACUACCCUGGCGCCCCGCUGGCCCUGAAGUAUGUGUCCUUCCAUAUCCGCGACGGGGAGAAGAUCGGCGUGGUAGGACGCACCGGCAGUGGCAAAACUACCUUGCUAAUGGCGCUGUUCCGCAUGUUCGAGCUGGCGUACGGACGUAUCAUUAUUGAUGGGGUCAACAUUGCAUCCAUCAAGCUACAGCAGGUUCGGGCCGGCAUUGCCAUCAUUCCACAAGAACCGGUCAUGUUCAAGGGCACGGUGCGCUCCAACCUGGAUCCGUUCGGCGAGCUGCCGGACUCAGAGCUGUGGCGAGCGUUGGAGUUGGUGCACCUGAAAGAUGCUGUCACGGAGCUGGGUGGCCUGGACAGCGCAGUGGCGGAGGGCGGCUCCAACUUUUCGCUGGGCCAGAAGCAACUGGUGUGCAUGGCGCGCUGCGUGCUCAAACCGACCCGCAUCUUGGUGCUAGAUGAGGCGACGGCCGCUAUGGACUUGCAGACUGACGCGCUCAUCCAGAAGACCAUCCGCAAGGCCUUCGCUGAGCGUACUACAGUAACCAUUGCCCACCGUCUAGAUACCAUCAUCUUUUCGGACCGCAUAUUGGCCAUGGCGGCGGGCCAGCUAAAGGAGUUCGAAACGCCGACUACGCUGCUGCAGAACCCGGCGUCGUUCUUCACGAAGCUGGUCGAGGACACGGGUCCCCACGCAUCCAAGAUGCUUCGCCGCAUGGCGGCUGAGGGCCCCAAGGAUGAGUAGUGUUCUAUAGAGAAGUGCUGUGUUGGCAAACCCCGAAUGCCGCGCGCG